AUGAAUUUUAAUGUCUGGAAUAUCAAAGAGAUGCUCAGUAUUCCCUCAGGCUCUGGGAAUGCUAAGUCAUCUAACUGGAAUAAUAAUCAGACUGAUUACUCCAGUCCCAGUGAUUCCCAGUUCCUCUUUGGGUCCCAGUUCUGUCCAGAAAGUUCAGACACUCUGUCAGCACCCUUGGACUUUGGUGUCCACUUGAGACAUCCAAAACAAUCACAACAGAAUUCUCUGGAUAAUGAACCUAGCAUUUUCACAAAGUACCAGACAAAACCUCAACUGUUUGGAGGAGAUAAAAAAGAUGGAGGCUUCUUUCCUCUUCCUUUGUCAGCUGGAAAGUCAAAAAGUCUCUUGGAACAGUUUGAGGAGAAAAAGAAAAGGGCAAAAGACAAACGUGACAGUGAGACUCUAUACAACUUCAUUUCUCAUACCAAAGAAAGCAUUCACAGGUUGCAGACAUCUGUGGAAAAGUCUGAGGAACAUCUCAGUUCAAGAAGCCAGUCUAUUUUGGAUUCUUUGGAGACUGUGGCCAAGACAUUGCAAGAGACUGCGCAGGCCCAGAGUGAUCUGGUGUUGGAAACAGUGCAGGAUAAAGGCAACAUGGAGCAGGCCAUCCUUGAGAUGCAGAAGAGACUUGAAGCUAGACAAGCAGAGUUUACAGAAAUGAAGUCCAACCUAAAGCACCUUGAAGUUUUAGUUGCCCAGCAGAAUAAGGACUUCCAGCAGCUGUGUGAGCAGCUAGGCCAGCUGAAUGUGCCCAGUGUCCUAGCAGAGCUGAAGAGAUUGAUCUCUGUCCCUCAGGUACCCAGGCAUGUGAAAGACAGCACUUCCCAGACCUCACCACCUCUGGCCCAGAGACUCAAUUUCACCAGGCAGGACAAAUAUGCCUCUGAGGAACCAGUUAUGUGGCAGGCCCAGGCCCUCCCUGCUACACGGAAUCUCAAUAUGGGCUCCCUGCAGCCUGGGGAGUUUGGUGUCUGGGGUGACGGAGCAAAGAGUGAUGCUCUCCAAGAAGAGGCUGCGCUGCUGGCAGUUGGAACAGGCAAAAGAAACAGGGCAGUAAAGGACAAGGCGGUACAGACUAACUGCAAGAAUUGGGCUAUUACAAAAACAGGCUCUGAGAACCACAGCUCUGGCAUUCAGGGCCACAAGGUUCCUGGUGACAGGGAUCUCGUUUCCCAAAGAACCUCACAGCUUAUAUCCCUGGAUUUAAACAACUUUGCAACCAGCAUUAAGAACACCUGCCAAGAAUUGCAAGCCAAUGGCGCGUUUUCGUGUGACCCUUGUGAACAAAGGUUGGUGACUGGACAGAAAGGCAGAACUGUACAAAGAGGGGGGAAAGGCAAGAAGCAGCGGCCCAGGAAAGUCCACAGAGGUAGGCUCCCAGCCAGGAAGCAAGAACAAACCCCAAGCAAAACCUGUGCUUUCAAUUCUAAAUAUCCUCAGCCUCCAGUUUCUGGACCACAAAGGCUCGCCCUGGAGCAGCAGGAACCGCUUGCUCAGCCCCUGCACCUAUGGGGCCUCAGGAGCCCCACAAAGCCAGUCUGCCCUGCUCUGGGAAGAACAGUCAUGCCUAGUAAGACAGCGAGAGUAGCGCAAGGGAACCUCUUGCAGCUCAGCAGGCACUCUUCCCAAGACAACAGCCUGCUCUCUAACAGUUCCCAGGGGGACCACCAGAUGAGCUGGUUCAGUGACCUCAACCUCGGAAGUUCAGAGCCCCCUUUGUGCAAGGAGCCAGGGAAGAAUAUGCUUUAUGACUUGGGUUUUGAUAGCAGCGAUGAUGACUUCUGACCAGCCCACAGUGACUUCACUUGAUGGUUUAUUGGUCUCAGCCAGAAAGACAAAUUAUAGAAAACUUGGGUUGGCCAAUAGCAGAAAGUCCCUGAAGCCUGCUUGGGACCCUCAGGGUCAGACACCCUGCUGGGGGGUUAGUGCAGGUGGGUGGAGCAGAUCCGGCAUUCUGAGUACCAGAUGCUGCCCAUGACAAGGCAUAAGGGAUAAGUACACCUUUAUUUAUUGGCAUGAAACGGAUGAAGACGGUGGUGAUGAGAGCUGAGGCAGCAGCCUGGGUGUGGAGCAUCAGGAGGAGGGUGCUGUGUUUGGUUAAAGGAGAGCUGGCUUCCAUAUGCAAUAUUGAGUAGUAGAAGGGCUCUCAUAAAACUGUUGCUAUGGCAGCAUGACUCCUAAACACAACAUUUUUGGUAUUCAAAAUAUUCCCUAUACAUGACCAAUACCUUUCCAGGCCUCAGGCUUUUUUUCU